CGGGCCGGGGCCGCCAUGGACGCUCCGAGCGGGGGCUGCCCGCCCGCCGCCGCCCCGUCGCGGGCGAAGCUGCCGCUCGGCAUCGUCUUCUCGACGGCGCUGUUCUGCGGCGAGGGGGCGGCGGCCGCCGUGCUCUGCCUCUCCUACGGCCACUCCGACGACCGCUUCUGGCUGGCGCUCACCGUCUUCUUCGUGCUCUGCCCCUCCGUCCUGGUGCAGCUCACCCUCAUCUUCGUGCACCGCGACCUCAGCCGCGACCGCCCGCUCGUCCUGCUCAUGCACCUGCUGCAGCUCGGGCCCAUCAUCAGGUGUGUGGAGGCCCUGGUGGUGUACUGCUGGUCGGGAAGGGAGGAGGAGCCCUACGUGACCAUCACCCGCAAGCGGCGGCUGCGGCACGGCUACGAGCUGGAGCUGGAGCAGGAGGUGGGGCACUCGGAGCGGCGCCUGGCCACGCACCGCAACGCCUUCAAGCGCAUGGCCGUCAUCCAGGCCUUCCUGGGCUCCACGCCGCAGCUCACCCUGCAGCUCUACAUCAGCGUGCUCGAGAAGUACGUCCCUGCUGCCCGAGCCGUGCUCAUGGCCAUCUGCCUGGUGUCAGUCACAUACGGGGCCCUGGUCUGCAACAUCCUGGCCAUCCAGGUCAAGUACGACGACUACAAGGUGCAGCUGCGCCCGCUGGCCUUCCUGUGCAUCGUGCUGUGGCGCAGCCUGGAGAUCUCCACGCGCAUCGCCGUCCUCGUGCUCUUCAGCACCGUCUUCAAGCACUGGAUCAUCCCCAUCGCCCUGGCCAACCUCCUGGUGGUUUUCUUCUUGCCCUGGGUGCAGUUCUGGCGCAGCGGCAGCCGCCUGCCCGACAACAUCGAGAAGAACUUCAGCCGCCUGGGCACGGUGGUGGUGCUGUGCGCCUUCACCCUGCUGUACUCCAGCAUCAACAUGUUCUGCUGGUCGGCCGUGCAGCUCAAGCUGGCUGACCGGGACCUCAUCGACAAGUCUCAGAACUGGGGCCGCCUGGCCGUGUACUACGUGGCCCGGCUGGCUGAGAACACGGCCCUCGUCAUCCUCUGGUACUUCUUCAAGACUGACGUCUAUGAGAACGUCUGCACCGCGCUGCUGGUGCUGCAGCUGCUCCUGGGCUACUGCCUGGGCAUCUACUUCAUGCUGCUCUUCUUCCAGUACCUGCACCCCUGCCGCCAGCUCUUCAGGCACAACGUGGCUGACUUCCUGCACUGCGUGUGCUGCCGCCGGCGCCCCGCGGGGACCCCGCUGUGCCUCGAGGCGCCCCUGGAGCCCGGCGUGAGGCACAGCAUUGUCUGAGCAGCCGGCUCCUCCAGCCAGCCUCGGACUGGGCAUGGGCAGCGCAGGGCUGUGCCAGCAGCUGGAGGAUGCCCGUGGCACAGGCUGAGUGCUGCCUGGGCUGCGAUGGCAGCAGGUCCCAGUGCAUCCCCUCGGGGCCAGGGGGACAGGAGUGUGCUUGCCUGCUCAGGACCACUCGUGAACAUGAAGGAGGGUUGAUUUGGAUUGGACAUAAGGAAGUUUUUCGCAAGGAGAGUGGUGAGGGACUGGCACAUGUUGCCCAGAGAGAUGGUGGAUGUGCCGUCCCUGAAAACAUUCAAGG